CCGCCCCAGCGGUGCCGCGCCGGGCGGCGUCCGGGCGGCAUGGAGAAGGACGGCCUGAGCCGCGCGGACCAGCAGUACGAGUGCGUGGCGGAGAUCGGGGAGGGCGCCUAUGGGAAGGUGUUCAAGGCCCGGGACCUGAAGAACGGAGGCCGUUUCGUGGCGCUGAAGCGCGUGCGGGUGCAGACGGGUGAGGAGGGCAUGCCGCUCUCUACCAUCCGCGAGGUGGCGGUGCUGAGGCACCUGGAGACCUUCGAGCACCCCAACGUGGUCAGGUUGUUUGAUGUAUGCACAGUGUCACGAACAGACAGAGAAACCAAACUAACGUUAGUGUUUGAACAUGUUGAUCAAGACUUGACCACUUAUUUGGAUAAAGUCCCGGAGCCUGGAGUGCCCACCGAAACCAUAAAGGAUAUGAUGUUUCAGCUUCUCCGAGGUCUAGACUUUCUUCAUUCUCACCGAGUGGUGCAUCGUGAUCUCAAACCACAGAACAUUCUGGUGACCAGCAGUGGACAAAUAAAGCUGGCUGACUUCGGCCUUGCCCGCAUCUACAGUUUUCAGAUGGCUCUUACCUCAGUGGUCGUCACGCUGUGGUACAGAGCUCCAGAAGUCUUGCUUCAGUCCAGCUACGCCACCCCCGUGGACCUCUGGAGUGUUGGCUGCAUAUUUGCAGAAAUGUUUCGUAGAAAGCCUCUUUUUCGUGGAAGUUCAGAUGUCGAUCAGCUUGGAAAAAUCUUGGAUGUAAUUGGACUCCCAGGAGAAGAGGACUGGCCAAGGGAUGUCGCCCUUCCCAGACAGGCUUUUCACUCCAAAUCUCCUCAACCGAUUGAGAAGUUCGUAACAGAUAUUGACGAGCAAGGCAAGGACCUCCUUCUGAAAGAGAAAGAGUCUGAUCCACACGCUUUCAAUCCGCCAUCUUUAAAUGUUCAUUUGAAUGCAGCACAGAAGCCUCUCGAUUCAUCUAGACACAUGCUUCCGAUAAGUAUUGAACGUGCCAUGCUCAUAGAAAAAGUGCUUAACAUUUAAUCCAGCCAAAAGAAUAUCUGCCUACAGUGCUCUGUCUCACCCGUACUUCCAUGACCUGGAGAGGUGCAAAGAGAACGUGGAUGCCCAUCUGCCGCCCAGCCAGAACAGCUCGGAGAUGAAUACAGCCUGAGGUCCCAGCCGCCGCCUUGAGCUGAUCUCCCGGAGAACACCCCUGGGGGCUGAUGGCCCCCCACCCUGAGUGAGCCCCGGCAGAGCUGCUGAAGAUCACUGGCUGGGGACCUAGUUGCCGUCUUCUGGACGGGCUCUGCUUCUCCAUGGAAACCGCCUAGUUGACUGUUUGGAGAUCAAUGCAAGAAUGAUUGCAGCUUUAUGUUCAUUUGUUUGUUUGUUUGUCUGUUUGUUUGUUUCAAGAACCUGGAAUACUUCCAGAAGAAGAGAAGCUGCUGACCAAUCGUGCUGCCGUUUCAUUUUUCUAACCUUGAAUGCUGCCAGUGUGAAGUGAGCAAUCCAGGCACAGCUGAGUUAUGAUGUAAUCUCCCUGCAGCUGCCCAAGCCUGAUUCGGUACUUUUAAGUGAGAGAGAGAGAGAGUGUGUGUGUGUGUGUGUGUGUGUGUGUGUGUGUGUGUGAGAGAGAGAGAGAGAUUCUUGUUCUCUUAAAGUGUUACUUUCUGUAAACAACGAGAAUAAUUGAAUUUUAAAGACUCAAAGUGACCUAUAAGUAACAGGUGUCUGUUGACUAAAGGUGAUUUACCAGAAUGGGCUUCUCAAAUUAGAAAGUUGAGCCUGUAUCCUCAGAAUUUCAUAGCCAAAAGCAGUAAAUUUGCUAGUAGUAAAAGGUUCACUAUCUAGAUGAAGUUUUCUACACACAACAAAAGAAAAAAAAUGCUAGUAUCUUUUAAGAGACCUGUUUUUUAAAGUGUACAUUCUAUUUACUCUUCAAAAAGCUGAAUUUACUCAAUAUGAGCCCAUUUUAACCUGUAUUAUAUGCUUUAUUGUUUCUUUUGAAAAAUACCUGUAAGCUUUUUCUUACUUGCUAUAGAUUUAGAGAGUGUACCUCAAAUAGGUGAAAUUGUCAAAAAAAAAAAAAUUAGAGAAAGCCUUUAUUUCCUGAUUUGAAAUCUCUUUCCUUCUUGGGUUUUGUUGUUACUUUAUUUUGUUUUUUGAUUUUAGGAAUUUGUCAGAAACUGUUUCCUGUUUUGGUUUGGAGAGUCAUUCUCUCUGACCAGAGACAUGAAUACCAUUUAAGUUUUCACUAUUACACUGUACUUUUUCUACCAUGCACUGCUUUGUUUGCGAAGUAUCCAUCUUAUCUAUCCCCCAGGGCCUCUAACAUAUAUUACUAUUACAUGACUAAUAACAGAUUGCUUCAGCUUUUCCCGUGCACCCCCUGCUUGCUUUCUUUCAGUGAACCUUUUGAAAAUAGUUAGAUUCAGAUUGUGGCUUAUGGUCCCCCUUUCGUGAUCCUAACAGAGUCUCUCCCCCCACCCCGCCAGUAUGUUCCCUCUCGCACGCGAUCUUCUUACCUGGCAUUUGUUGUUACCUAGGCAGUGAGUAGAGGACUGGUUCUUCUCUAUCACCAGCACAUAGAUUGCUUUAAACUGUUACUUAGUGUUUUACAAUUUUUUAGAAUAUAUGGUCAGUGUAGAAUCAGAGGGAAUGUCUUUCACUAUUUUUUAGAAAUAUAUAUUUACUCUAUAAAACCAUCCUUUCUCAUCCCCCAGGCUGUGCUUGUUUCUAGUGCCUUGUGCAUACUCCUGUUCUCUGCAGAGCCAGCCUGACCUGGGCAUUGUGAACAGCUUUAUUUUUUUUUUUCUCUUGCCAUUUUCUCUACUGUUCUUUAUAUUUCAAUGUCAUCUCUGCCUUAUAUGUGGUUAGUGCUUGAAGACACAGAGAUUAAGUAUCUUUCUGGAGGGUUAGCUAUCUUUGCUUUCUGACUCAUGUUUUGCGUGCGUGCAACAGUUAGACCAUGUUUAGAGUUAGGGUUUUCAGAGAAUGAACAUUGCUUCCCUCAGUAGAAAAUGUUCCAGAUGAUGUUUAUAUAUUGUCAAGCCUCCCUGAAUUCUUCACAGCUCAAUAUUUCUAUACUACCAUCUUGAACAAGAGAAAAAUUAGGAGACUUUUCUCCUUGAAAGCUUUUUGGGGUGGGAAUUACUCUUUUUUAAUACAUGCAUUGUUGAACAUUUUUCUAACUCAGUAACUUGAAGAGCAGGAAGAUUUGUCUAAAGCCAGAUAUGAAUGAGAAGAUGGGCCAUAAGAAUGUUUUACACUUUCUUCAUUGUUGACAACAUUGACUAUGUUUGGUCAUUACCGUAAAUGCUUGAGAUAUAAUGAAUCCAGAGCAUUCGGGACAAUGUCUCCCCUGGAACAGUGAGUUCUGCCUUUCCUUUGAUCGGGGGUCAAAAUACAAAGACGUUUUUGCUGGGGCCUAGAAAUUGAAUUUUAAAACUCCCUGCACUGAUUCGUCAUGUGCUUUUUGGUUAGUAUCCAUGAUUAGAGUGGACAUACCUUGAGUUUCUGCUUCUUUAAGUUUUUUAUAAGUAUUGUCCAGAAAAAUGCAGCUGUUCUAAACUGGAAUUUUUCAGCAUUCUUGAGAAUUUUAAACAAGUAGAGAGCUCCACUUUAUUUCUAGCAUAUACUUUUGGUUCGUUUCUCGGUAUGUUUAUGAAGAAAACUUAAAGCCCAAACAUUUCAGCGUUGAAUACUGGGCAGAUUAUCCUCGGAGAGGCAGAAGGAGGGGGCACCUCGGCCUCUCUGAACUUAAGAGUCUAGCCGAGCUCUCCAUCUGGAGAUAGUGUGGUUGAGUGAUUACUCUGUUGUUUUAUGUCUUUUAUAUCCAGGCUCACCAGUUCUGAAAUCCAGAUCCCACACAACCACCCUUGCCAUGAGGGCACUUGGAAGCACACAGCAGCACAGGAAUUUACUGAACACAGCUUUUUCUUCUGUGACGUAUGGUUUCAAACAUCUUUGCCAAAAGUGAAGCCAUGGUUUGCUGAAAAGGUCAUAUUGCCCCAGGGUUAUACUGAAGCAGCUUAUAGCAGUAAAAAUCUGGUGUCGGAUUGAAAAUCACAUUUGAAUUUCAUCCUGAGGACUGGUGCUGGCAUGGGCCUGAUAGUUUCUAUAUGACAGUUGUCCUAGUGGCCCAGGCAUCAUAGGAACUGUUGUGCAGGGUGGAGUUGUAACAAUCCCAUUUAAGAAUAAAAGAGAAACUUGUCCAUUUCAGCAUCAUAAGCUAUCAUGUGGCAAAGGUAAUAAGGCCCUAAUCUUACGACCUGAAAAACACAAUUUCCAAGAGCUUUUAAGAACCCUGUGCAUUGGCUCCUCCCACUUUGUCUCUCCUUAAAGUGGGUAGGAACCCAAGAAGCAAAAAACCCAAGAACCUGUUUUGGACAGGAGCUCCGAGCCAUUUCAUCCCUCUGUAUUCUUAUGAUUUUCUCUCAGGAAUCACACAGUAGGAAUGGCACACUUUUCAUUUAGCCCAAGGUGUCUUACUAAGAAUAGUUCAAAAUAUUUACUUAAGAACAGAAUCUCAGCCUUUUAAUUUUAAGUAAAAAAUGAAAAUUUCAGAAUGCACAGGAUAUCUUAAAGAAAAUUUGUACCCCUUACUAAAGAUUUUAUCGUUUGACUACAGAAUGUGGUACUAUCCAUCUUGAUGGAAAAAAACCUAAACAGUACCAAAUAUUUUGAACCUUAAAUUAUGUAUUAAAAUUGAGCUUUUAACUACAGCUGCUUCUCUUAAAAGUGGCGCCUAUUAAAGUCAGUAAUGGCAAUCUUCAUUCCUUUAUGGAAAUUAAAAUCAUGUAAGCUUCUAAUAUAAACAUAUUAAAAUUCUUCUCUGCAAAGAAUUGCUUCUUUUAAAUGACAACUGGACUAUUUUUAUGAUAAGCACACGAGAGAGUGUCUCACAUUUUCCAAAAGCAGGCUUUCGUUGCAUCGUUGGGCCUAAGAAAGAGUAAUAUUAAAAGUUAAUAAGCUACUGUAAUUACUUAAUUGUGUUAGUACAGAAACUAUAGGAUAUUUACCUUGGAAAGAAAAUGUUGAGGCAUUAUAAAUUCUUAGGUGUUGCUAGAAUUCAGAAGAAUGCAUGUUUUACAUUGUGACACAUGAAAACAGUGUCUUUAUUUUAUAAAAAUAAAGAUGUGAUCUGAUUUCUAAAUCUUUAAAAGUCCUAAUACAGUGGACAAUGGAUAGAGGAAAUUCAGGAGAAAAAGUAUUCAAAGAAGGAUAGUUUCAAAGUUAGAUAUAUUUUGAAGGAUAUGUAUUAACAAAUAUAUGGUAAGAAUUUAUAUUAAAGUCACCUGGCAACUAUGAAGUUGAUACAUUCAAAAACAUGUUUUAUGGAAAAGCUGUUCCAAGUAGUUGCCAUUUCAAAUGUCUGCCUGAAUAAACUAAACUACCUGUACUACUUUCUCACUUCAUGGGAGAAAGCAGCUACAAGAAGCUAUGCUCGUUAUACAAGCCUGAGAAUGUUCCCUGUAGAAUAUAUAUAUAUAUUUAUAUAUAUAUGCAUAUUAAAUUUUAAAAAGGCACAUAUUUCCUGUGCCACCAGGAUUUUUUGAAAAAUUGUGAAGCCCAAAUCACGUGCAUCCAAUACAUUCAGAUGUAUGAUUAGAAACAUAGCUACGUGCUCCUUCCCCGCCGUGGAAAAACUUCUUGAGGCUACCAAAAGCCUAUCAAGCAACGUGAGCCCCCAGAUAAUUAACAGUGGUGUUUUCCUCAAAAGCACAAGAAAAUAGCAUUUUCAUUUCUUACCAAUGCAGUUUUCAACCUAGUUGUGUUACAUACCUAUAUCUCAAGCAUUUCUAACUUGUACUUUUUCACAAAACUAAAAUAUUCCUUUGGCCUUUUCUAUCUCCUGAUGUUUGUAUACAAUAGAAAUGUAAAAGAGGAGGGGUCUGAUUUUUAAAUGUGCUUUUUUUUCUCAAUUAGUUGUUUGUUUUAAUGAAGUAUGAAUCAGCUUUUCAAAAUGUUUUCUAUUUCUUAGCAUUCCCAGGGAGUUUAGAUAAAUGCAUGAACUUCCAUCGACAUAUUUAUGUUUCCUCGAUACUGGUGCUCUGGCCUUCAAGAAGAAAAACAAGAGCCUUUUGAAAAUUAAUACAGGCUUUUUUUCAAGCAUCUACUUAAAUAUUAUUACAGCAAUCUGAAGGUUAUAUGGUAGGAAAGGGAAACGAUUUUUCUUGCAGAUGUCUGUUUUAAAUUUCACACUGUCCUAAGGCAUGGGCUUUCUUGUUUCAUUCCAGUAUGUUCCACAAGGUGGCACUUUCAGGAGGUGGGGGGGUGGGGGGAGAAAAUCCGAGCAAGAGGUACUUCUCAAGACUUCGUUCUAACUUUAUUUUUCUGCACAUAUUUUACUCUUGCUUAGCACUAGUUUGUCAGGAUGAUUAAGAGUCUUCGUAACAUUCUGUGACCUCGAUAUCUUAGUUGUUCACUAGGUUCUGAACAGCUGUCUGUAAGUCAUUCUUGAGAAUGGAUAAUACACCCAUUUUGAUUAUUUAAGUGCAUAAAGAGAGCCAAGACCUCUUAUUUUUCAAGAAGCAUUUCUUUGAGGUACCUAAUUACCUCACUGUUCUAGGUGCAGAAGUUACAAAGAUGGACAGGCUAACUAUUAAAAGGCAACAUUCAUCUGUGACCAGGAUGGUUUUGUUAGGAGUGUAAAACUCCUCCAGUGGCCUCGGCCAAAAUACCUAUACCCCCAUCUGCUGUUUUCACAUUUCUUACCAUGAUGGUCUUUAGACAUUGAUUAAAAUUUUAAAUCCUCAUGUAAGAAUCAGAUGAAUAAAAUAAGUAACAUUGGUAUUUAAGUAGACAAAACUAUUUUUUCCAGAAGAAUUGCCAUGCUGAAACAGAGCCCUUAUAUACUAAAAGACCUGGUAAUUUUUUACAUCUGUAUAAUCACAAGUGUAAAUUCACAAGAAAAGCUAAUUUUUAAAAAUCCUGUCCAAGCAUGUGAGCGUAACAACAUAGGAGUAUAUUUACAUAAAUCUUUAAUUUAUCCAUCUGUUUAAUUUUUCCUAUGUAUCUCCAUACACUCCUAUGUUUUAAUUCCUAGGUCUGCUCAGAGACUGAUCAUUCCCCAGGUGAUUUUAGUUAAUUUUAGUUAAUUUUAGAAGCCCUUUUCCUCAGUAAGUGUUACAGAAAUUGAGGAGGAAGGCAGUUGUAGUACUUUUCAGAGUUUCCUUAGCACGGCAUAACAGAAGGCAGUUUAUUCCUUCUGAGUGGGAGAAACUCGAUGGUGCCUGCUUAACUUUCCUGCAAAGUAGCGGGCAGGCAAGUCUCACUAACUCAUUUCUAAAUCACCGCACACACUAGGGGCUGGCCAGAGCUCUCUGGGAACUCGUCGGCCCCUUCCCUCUGCUUAAAACCCCACCGAAGUAGUUUCCAAUUUAAGCCCCUAAAUGGAAGGCCGAAUUCAAACCUCGAGUUUGUUAUCAGUUGGGCCAGUCUGAACUCUAUUUGCUCGUGGUCGACACUUGACGGCCACCUGAAAACCUUCUGGGUGCGCUGCGCCGUCACCCCGCCCCUUUGGCUGUAGAGCGGCAGUGGGCGGAGCUGGCUGGGACCCGCCCGCCGCUCACCUGUUAGUGCCUGAAACGUAGUACAGACCCGGCGGGAGAUCGUCCGAGGUCCAUGUGCCCUGCUGCUGUCUCAGAGGCAUCUGUUCUGCAAUCCUAGGAGGUAAAUUGUUCCUAGAAGCAAACGGGUGUCUUCUGUGCAUAAAUAAGUACAACACAAUUCUUUGAAAGUUCGGGUAUAAAGAGAUGCUGUUCUUUAUGAAGCGUCUACCAGGCAUCUCUCAAGCUCUAAGCUCAGCUUUUUUUUUUUUAAGAGAAGAUGUAUAAUUACAAGAAAGAUUUUUUAUUUUUUUAUUUUCUAUCAUUCUACAUAUAUGAUGGCAAAAGAUAUGUGUGGAGAAGUUUUGUUUUGAAAAUUUGUUUAUUUUCUUCCUAGGCAAAAGCUCCUCUAGUUUCUAAUUUCUUCUUUCUCUUUUUUCUUUAUCCAAUAGUUAAAGGUAUGUAAGCCAAUUAUCUCACGUAGUAGAGGAUUUUCCUGUUUAGAGGACCUUUUGUGUGAAUUGUUUCUUCAAGCAAAUAAUCAACUCCUCCUCUGCUUUGGGAGUUUGGAUUGUCAAAUAUAGGUUUCCUUAGAAAGGGGGCACAUAACUGUACAUAUUGCAAUAAAGAACUAUGACUGUAGCACUAAUGAGCAAGCAUAGAGCCACACACAGUUAUUUAAUUUCUGACACUCUGUGGUUUCCGGCCAAAUUCCGUCGACAUGCUUAGGUUACAGCCCUGAAGAUACCCAUUGUACUCUUAACUUGAAAGUUUCUAAUCUUAAGUUUUUUGAAAUGCAAUAAUAUGUAUUAGCUAGCAAUACUUCUGUGAUCACCAGCACCUCCUAAUUUAACCUUGAAGUCUCCAAAUAAUGAGAAUAGACCCCAGCGGUAAUACAUUUCUUGAACCGAACCCCGAAGUACAUUGUAUAGCUUCUCAUUUUGGUCCUGUGUUUGCAACAACAUACACGUGAUUAUCACAGUUCCUCACUUACUUUGUAUUCAUGUGUUUUACUAUGACCAGUAGUAAAUAUAUUAGUUAGUACAUGGGAUAAAUAGCAGCAACUACCCCUAGCAUCAGCACUUAACAAGGUGGGGAAUUUCUAUUUCAAGUUGUUCUACACUUGCAUAAAUUAUUUCUAUUAUUAUUCAUGUAUGUUAUUUAUUUCUGAGUCACACUAGUCCUGUGAAAGUACAACUGAAAGGAGAUGGCAUUAGGAUUUGCAUUUAAUGUUCAUUAUCAUGGUCUUGAUGGAGCUAAGUAAAUUAAAAUUAGACUAAGCCCCCAAAUAAGCCGCAUUUAUUUUAACAUGAUGGGUAGAAUUUAAGUCUGUAGGUGUAGUAUUUUUGUGUCUAGGUGUUUUAUCAUUGUGUAAAGGAAUUAAAGCAAAGGACUUUGUAGUUCUUUUGUCAAGUAUGCAUACAGUAUAGCGUGAAAAUACAGCAAAAAUUUAAAAUCAGAUAGAAAAGCAUCAGAUACUGCCUUAAUUUAGGAACUCUGCCAGACAGCUGUCAGUGUAGGCGCCAGGCAGAGACAGGUGCCUGGGUGGUGCCGCCUCCUGUCUGGCCUCGAGAUGAAGCUUCCUCCCUGGGAUCUCGAUCUCGUGCCCUCAUAGGUGUCCUGUGUAGUAGUGGGAACAGGUAGUAACCGUUGCAAGAACAGCGUGAGAGUUUUCUAUAGAAGCAAACUGUCAGCUUGUGCCUUGGGGCUUCCAGAAUGUGUCAGAUGGAGAAAUUCAAGUUUCCGUGCUUCAAGCAACUUGGUUUUGUACAGAAGCAAUUCAGUCCGGUAAUAAACACAAGGAUUGCAUGUACAGUAGUCAACAGUGGAUAUUAAUAGCCAACAGUCCCCAACAGCUCAGAAGCUUGUGGCGUUUCUGGUAUUUUAGGUUUGGAUCUGAAGGUUAAUUGGCAAGUGUUUGGUAUAGAAGAGCAGUAUGUGUUAAGAAAAGCACAAUAUCGGUUCCCGUAGAGUGCAAAUGAGAGCUAGAGGGUUUUAUAGGAUUAUCAUGUCAGAGAUGUGUAAAUGCAUGUUUUCACUGUAAAAUGUAUUAGUGUAGUGUUUCUGCAUUCCCAUAGGGCUUAGUUAAAACUUUAUUCUAGGUUUUCAGCGAGGCUGUCCUAUCCAGUAAGCUUUUUUUUUUUUUGGAACUUUUAUAAUAGAAAAUGUGUUAAACGUAGAAAAAAAAUUGUAUUUUGGAUAUUUGACUUGUUGGUUUCUGUGUUUGAAAUCACGGUUCUGGAGAUGUAGAGAUGGUGCAUGGGCAUGUCAGAUACUAAUCUAGGCUGUGUGAACCAACGUCCUCCCAUCCCCCCAGCAUCCUUCCUCCCUCCCGCUGAAGUGCUCCCUGCCUCCAUCCCGGCCUGUCUGCAUGGUGCUCUUUAUCCUCUUCUGCCGCUCUUUGGGCGUCAGGGACACGAAGAGAGGGAUGCGUUAGGCAUCACGGUGUGCCUGCUCGGGCUUGGCCACCACUUUUACUUGACCUUUGGCUGGGCACAGAGUGUGCUCGCGGCACUGAUCACAGAUGCCCUCCAGCACAUUUGUGUGCAUCUUGAUUUUAAAACCAAGUCAUCCUACAGAGCAUUCAAUUUCGGCUGUGGUACAAAAGGAGAAACUAAACAAGUCUAUACAGCACAUUCCAGGCUGCUGUUUUCUAUCCAUCUACAGGCCAUAGUUUUACUGUAUUUCUUCAUACUUGAAACUCAUUCUGCUAUUAUAAUAUCAGGGUACAGACUUAUAAGGGUGCAUGUUCCUUAAAGGUGCAAAAUUACUCUCAUUCCGUUUGCUCAUAUCGCUACAGAAUGCUCUUUUGGUGCUUGGGUUUGAGCAGGUGAAAGAAGCAGUGUGGAAAUUCACUGCCUGGAACACAGUCUUACAAGAAUGUUGACAGAUGGCUUGGUAGCAGAGAGUGCUUCUGCUCUUUUCUCCAUACACAAGGUUGAGAGUUACCACACUGGCCUGUCAGGUUCACCUGGGUAUCCUUUCUCACAGAGGACAGAAACCCUGUGCUCUCCCCAAAUGUGGGUGCGGUGCAGCUCUCUGAAAGCAGAGACCUUCCUACGUACCGGAUCAUUUAGCCCCCAAAGAAAAAUGGCCGUGGGUGUAGACAGGAGCAGAAUGGGAAGGGUUCUCUCACUCUGGUGACCAUCCCUCCAUAUAGAAAGCUCUCCUGGGGCAAAAAAAAGAAAAAAAAAAAAAGAAAGAAAGAAAGCUUAUCUGUAAAGUUACCCCCUUCAUAGCACCCUGAGCUAAAUGAUCUUGCUUCUUUCCCUUUAGGUAGAUGAAAAUACAGGUCAGUUUAUCUAGACUCUUCUCACCUGAAGAGGAAAAUAGGAAAGUAGAUUGUUUGUAUCAUGUAAGAUAUAUAAUCCAAGAACUACGAAAACUUACCUUAAAUCCCCCAUCACUAGCAAUCUGUUUUAAAAAGUAGCUCGAGUCAAAGAUGCUUUAUGACCUGGACUGCCCGCGGUCAGGGGCAGUCAUUCUAGCAUGCGCCUUAUUCUAGGACUUACUUGGAGAGCGACAGUUGCCGAUGCUGACUCUGUUGCAAUGGCAAAGGUAACGUGUCAGAGAAUUCAGAGGGUUGCAGAUCACAAACCUUUGGAAACUGGAUGUCUUACUGGGUGCUAGAAUGCAAAUUUAGGUAUUUAUUGUCAGAUAAUGGAAUUCAUUGUUUUUUAAGAAUUAGUGUUGAAACUUCACUGUCCAGUUCAUUGUUUUCACAUAUGCACAAGCUAAAUUGAAGCAAAAA